GUCUUCAUGCAGAGUUGUCGUAUGUGAGGAAUGAUGUGGUUAAUCACUACGCAUUGUCCUUCAAUCUCUUAAUACCCAGCGAGACCAACAAUCUUCACUUCAGCUGGCAUGCUAAAUCCAAGGUUGACUAUAAAUUGGGAUUUCAGGUCGAUAAUCCCAUGGCUAUGGCUAUGCCCCAGACCAACAUUUCUCUACAAGGAGAAGUUCCUCGCACACUUUCAGUGUUUCGUGUUGAACUCUUCUGCACUGGCAGACUCGACUCCGAGGUCACAAUACUAAUGCAGCUCAACUUGACAAUAAAUUCAUCAAAAAACAUCACAGUUUUAAAUUUCAAACGAAGGAAAAUGUGCUACAAAAAGCUUGAACCAGAAGUAAAAUCUCCAACAUCUGAUAAAAACAGCAGCAAGGCUAUCUUUGAUCCUGUCAACGCAGCUCCCACUACUUCUACCCGUGUGUUUUAUAUCAGUGUGGGCGUGUGCUGUGCUGUUAUAUUCCUGGUGGCAAUAAUAUUAGCUGUUUUACAUCUCCACAGCAUGAAAAGGAUAGAGUUGGAUGACAGCAUUAGUGACAGCAGUAGCUCACAAGGUUUAUCCCAGCCUUCCACACAGACGACACAGUACUUACGAGCUGACACACCGAACAAUGCAACGCCGGUAACCAGUUAUCCUACAUUACGGAUAGAGAAGAAUGAUCUUAAAAGUGUCACUCUAAUGGAAGCAAAAGCUAAAGUGAAGGACAUAGCCAUCUCCAGGGAGAGGAUAACUCUGAAAGAUGUGCUCCAAGAAGGCACAUUUGGGCGCAUUUUCCAUGGGAUUCUAAUAGAAGAAAAAGAUCCCAGUAAAGAGAAACAAGUUUUUGUCAAAACUGUUAAAG